GGAUAGGUAAAAUUGAACGGAGGAUGGAUUAUUAAUUAACUUAAUGGUAUUCUAAAGCUUUAUAAAUAGCAGGGACACACUUUCUUAGUUUUAAAAGAGAGCCAAGUAACUAGCAAGAAAUUAGAAGUAACUUUAAAGAAGAAGAAAAAUGGUUGGAUUUUGUGGUGAAGUGGAGAUUACACGUCGAUGUGCCAAUCAUCAUCCUUCUGUUUGGGGUGACCAUUUUCUUACCUAUGCUAAUCUCUUGGGAACCAAUGAAUGGGAAGAGAAGGAACAUGAAGACCAAAAAGAAGGAGUGAGAAAAAUGCUAGGGAUGGCUCCUUCCAAAUCUUUGCAAAAACUUGACCUCAUCAACACAAUACAAUUGCUUGGAGUGGCAUACCAUUUUGAACAUUGUAUUGAGGAAUCAUUGAGUGAAAUCUUUAAUGAUUAUGAAGAAUGGAUUGGUGAAUUUGGUGAAAGUGACCUUCAUGCUGUUGCUCUAAGCUUUCGAUUACUUAGGCAACAAGGUUAUUAUGUCUCAUCGGAUGCUUUUAGGAAAUUCAUUAACGAGCAAGGAAGUUACAAGGAAGCACUGGCUAGGGACGUGCAAGGAUUAUUGAGCUUGUACGAGGCAGCGCAAUUCAGAGUACAUGAUGAAGAAAUUCUGGAUGAAGCAAUUAAUUUCACCACUACUCAUUUGAAGCUAAUUUUGCCUAAUUUGAGCGAUCCCCUUGCGACUCAAGUCAGUAACGCACUGAAAUUUCCAAUCAACAAUAUUAUAGUGAGGGUAGGAACGAGGAAAUACAUAUCAUUUUACCAAGAAAAUGAAUCACACAAUGAAAUGUUACUAAAUUUUGCUAAAUUGGACUUCAACAUCUUACAAAGGUUGCACAAAAGGGAGCUAUGUGAUAUCACAAGGUGGUGGAAAGAAUCGGAAAUCGUGCAGGCACUACCUUUUGCAAGAGACAGAGUGGUUGAGUUAUACUUCUGGAGUUUAGGUGUAUACUUUGAACCUCAAUAUAGUGUUGCUAGGAAAAUAUUAACCAAAGUGUUGUGCUUCUGUUCUAUUAUGGAUGACACUUAUGAUACUUAUGGCACACUUGAUGAACUUACUCUACUCACAACGGCAAUUGAAAGGUGGGACAUUGAUGCUUCAGAGAAAUUACCGCUAUAUAUGAAGGUCUCCUACUAUGCUCUUCUAAAAGUUUACAAUGAAGUGGAGACAGAAUUGGAAAAUCUUGAAAUUAAGUCAUUUUCAGUCAACUAUUCCAUAACUGAGAUGAAGAAGUUGUUGAGGGCUUACUUCCAAGAGGCCAAAUGGUAUCAUGCGAAGGAUGUGCCAACAAUGGAACAGUAUAUAAAGAAUGGAAUUCCAUCUAGUACUUACCUAUUGCUUGCCACUACUUCUUGGUUAGGCAUGGGAGAUGUAGCAACUAAGGACGCGUUUGAUUGGAUAUCGAAUGAACCUACAAUUCUUGUAUCUUCGUGUAUCAUUGCAAGAUUACUGAAUGAUCUCGUAACACAUGAGAUAGAGGUGGAAAGAGGAGAUGUAGCUUCGGGUAUCGAAUGUUACAUGAAUGAGCAUCGUGCAACAAAAGAAGAAGCUUACAUAGAGAUAAGGAAAAUAAUAGAGUAUAAUUGGAAGGAUUUGAAUAGAGGAUGUCUAAAACCUACAACAGUACCAAGAGUUUUGCUUAUGCCAGUGCUCAAUCUUACGAGGGUUGCAGAGUUUUUUUAUAAAGACGAAGAUGCUUAUACUUUUUCAAAAAAUAACUUGAAAGACGUCAUCUCUAUGGUGCUAAUUGAUCCUAUUAAAGCAUGAGAGAACCUUACAAUGAAGAAUAAUGAAAGAACUAGUACUGCAUGAACAACAUCUAACACAUUUUGAUGUUGCUUCUUUCUUGUGCUGAGUUCUAGCUAGCUAGAGUUGUCUAUGUUUUAUUUAUGAACUUUGUUAUGGUUGUCAA